UUUACAGACUUGGCACAAUUGAAAAUUGAAGCAGAGAGAAUAGAUCGGCCAUCUCCAAUAACGGCUCCCAAGGAUUGCACAACAAAUGCUGUAGAAUCCAAACAACCAGCGACCAAACCUUCCACGGAAACCGCUGAUUCGGAACCGCCGGCGACAACGGAAACCGCUGGUUCCAAACCGCCGGCGACGACGGAAACCGCCGACUCCAAGCAACCGGCGACGAAACCAUCGGAAAACCCGGAAUCCAAAAAACCGGCGACGAAACCUUCGACGGAAACCCCGGAAUCCAAACAACCGGCGACGAAACCUUUGAAAGAAACCUCGGAAUCUAAACAAUUAGCGACGAAACCGUCGACGGACACAUCAGAACCGGAGCCAAAUUCUGCGAAAACCAGCACUUCGACAGAAUCUAAACUUUAUAACAAUUUUACAUCGAUUACGCAAUGGCGUGGAUUCUUCCCGGCGCUGAAAAAAGGUGUUGUAAUCCCUACGCAUAGUUUGACGCCAUUGAUACCGAAGUUCACGAGAAGAAAAAGCAAAAGAAUCAGAGAAGAUACGAUUCCGCAAUCAUCACCGGCUUUGGAUACUGAAGCUUUUAAUUUUAAAUCUUCGUGGAAGAAUUUCUCCUUGUCUGAGCUUCAGGAAGCGACUGAUAACUACAGCCGUGAGAAUUUGAUAGGACAAGGAGGGUAUGCAGAAGUUUACAGGGGGAAACUAAAAAGUGGAAAAUUUGUGGCCAUUAAAAAGCUAACAAGAGGCUCACCCGAAGAGAUGACAAUGGAUUUCUUAUCAGAGCUUGGAAUUAUAGUUCAUGUCGAUCACCCUAAUAUUGCUAAAAUGAUUGGCUAUGGCGUUGAAGGAGGGAUGCACCUUGUUCUUCAAUUGUCUCCUCAUGGAAGCUUGGCUUCUAUACUUUAUGGGCCAAAGGAAAAACUAGAUUGGCGCACCAGAUUCAAGAUUGCUGUAGGAACAGCCAAAGGGCUUAGCUAUCUACAUGAAGGUUGCCAAAGGAGAAUUAUCCAUAAAGAUAUCAAGGCCGCUAACAUUUUGCUUACGGAAGACUUUGAUGCUCAGAUUUCGGAUUUUGGACUUGCAAAAUGGUUACCUGAUCAAUGGACUCAUCAUACGGUCUCUAAAGUAGAAGGCACAUUUGGUUAUCUUCCACCGGAAUUUUUCAUGUACGGCAUAGUGAAUGAAAAAACCGACGUCUUUGCUUAUGGAGUAUUGUUGUUGGAGCUCAUCACUGGGCGACAAGCCAUCGAUAGUUCCCAACAAAGCCUUGUUAUGUGGGCAAAACCUUUGAUAAAAGAAAAUAAGAUAAAAGAAUUAGUUGAUCCAAGUCUAGGGGAUGGCUACGAGCUGGACCAGUUGAACGUAGUUCUCGCUAUCUCUUCUAUUUGCAUACAUCAGUCCGCAGUGAACCGACCCGAUAUGAGUCAGGUUGUGUCAAUUUUGAAUGGUGAUAGAAACAGCUUGGAGGGGCUGAAAGAGGGUGAACACUCAGUACUAAAAAGAACUUACUCAGAGGAGAUGGAUGAGGCUGAAGAAUAUAAUUCAACUAAAUAUUUGAGUGAUAUCAACCGUCAGCUUGAGAUUCUUCUAGAUUGUUCUAAAGAUACUCUUUAAUUUUUGUUUUCUUUUUAGAUUUUCUGUCUUUUUAUAUUUUUGAAAUUUUGGUUUUUCCUCAAAUGAAUUUGUUUUAGGAAUAAAUAUUAAAUUUACUUAUAAAUUUUGAUUCAACGUGUAAUGUAAUACAUAUACUUUGGUUUAGUACAAUUAUAGAUGAAGUUUUGAUUUU